AUGCCCUUCCUCCAAGCCAUCCCACCGCACUCUCGGGGCCGACUAUUGCACCCCGCCGCGCCCGCCUGCCCCGCCGUCGCCCUGGGCUACCCCCUCCCGCUGACCGAAUACCCCUUCGACACCGUGCGCGCCAUGGAGAACCUGCUGCUGACCGGCCAGCGCGCCCGCUUCCCGUCCGUCACCCUGAUCUUCGCGCACGGCGGCGGCGCAAUGCCCUACCUGGCCACGCGGAUCGCCGGCCUCGCCUCGAUGGAGUUCAUGGGCGGGCGGAGCGUGGCGGACUCGGUUGCCCAGCUGGCCGGGUAUUACUUCGAGACGGCCUCGGCCACGUCCGCGGUGCAGCUGGCGGCGCUGAAGAGCUUUCUGGGGGCGGGGAGGAUCCUCACCGGGACGGAUUAUCCGUAUGUCCCGAGUGACCAGAUUGCGGCGACGUUGCCGACGAUCCAGACGAAUGGGGGGUUUGAUGCGUCUGAGAUGAUGGGGAUUCAUGCGGGCAAUGCGUUGCGGUUGUUUCCGCGUGUGGCGGCGGUGUUGGGGGUGUGGUGA